AUGCUUAUUUUAGUUGCCAUCACUGUUAUUUUUAUUAAUACAUUUGUUCUUACAAAACGAGAUCCAUCUGAUGAGUUACCUAAUGAAGGUCCUCCUAAAAUUGAAUUAAUUCAUAAUCAAAAUCAAACAAUAAAAUAUAAUAAACCAAAUUUAAUUGAACGACAACGAAUUCAAAGACCACCGAUACCCGAUGCAGGAUGUGAAAUUGAUGAAAAAUGUUCCGAUGAUGCUAUUCCAUAUAAGAUUAUUUCAGGAGAUGGAGUUGAAAAAUAUCCAGUUAUAUGCUUUAAUAAUAAAUUAUUAGUACAUAAAAAUUUAAAAGAUUCAAAAAUUGGUCGCGGUAUUAAUUUAGUUGCACUUGAUAAUACAACAUUGAAUGUUAAAUUAAUAGACACAUUUGAUACUUAUCUCGAAGAAGCAUUCUUUUUACGAACUCUUAAAAUUAAUUUAAAUGAUGGUGAUAUUGUUAUUCUUGCUAGUUUUGAUGAAAUGACAUAUGGAUUAAAAGAAGCAUCAUUAUCUAUAUUAGAAAGAUACGGUAGUCAACUGAUAAAAAUUAUUAAAUUUCGUGAUUCAUUUGUUAUGCUUGGACAAAAGGGACUUGCACGUGGAAAAGCUAUUGAAAUGCAUCAUCCAAAAGGAAAUCGUGAUUUUGCUCCUGCUGCACAUAUAAGUGGCUGUGCUAAAUUUCCUUUGGGUCAAAUAACACCAUUAUUAUUUCCAAGUUCAGAUAUUAACAAAGAAGGAAAAAUAGCUAUUGGUACAUCAAUAAAAAAUUGUGGUCUACUAGAAGCAUGUAAAGAAAAUGAAUUUGCUGUACAUAUGUAUACAGGCAAAGAUAAAAAUGAUGAACCAAAAAUAUGUGUUGAUGGAAAAUAUGUUAUGGCAAAAGGUAUUAAUGAUGCUGGACGUGGUAUAAAUAUUGUUGUUGUUUCAAAUGGAAAAGAAGUUAUUCGUACAGGACAUUUUGAUACAUGGCAAGAAGAUAGUACAAAUUUAGAAAUAUUUCUCGAAAAUCUUGAAGAAAAUGUUAUUCUUAUAGCAGUUACAUUUGAUGAAGCAUCAACAAAGAUUAGUCAGCAUUGUAGAAAUCUUUUUUUUGAUCUUGGCAGUGGAACUAUACAAAAUUUGAAAUAUCGCGAUGCUUGGGCAUUUGUGGGUCGAAAGGGCAUCCAAGUAAAAGGAAUGAAAAUUCGACCUGAUCCAUUACCAUUUCGUAAUGAUAAACGACGUGAUUUUUGUUCACGUUAUGAUGGUUAUGGAGAUUUUUGUAGUGAUGCAAAUGUUGAUAAAAGUUUAGCAACUGUUUCAUUGAUCAAUAAAACAUUAGAAGAUAAUCCAAUAUAUUCAACACCCAUACUUGUUAUUGCUGGAAUUUCACAUAAUUCUCUUCGCAUGUGUCUAGAAACUUUAUUAAUGCAACCGGGUGUUCGUACAGAAAAUAUUGUUGUGGCUGUUGAUGAAAAAUUUUCUGAACCUCUUGCAUUAAUUGAUCUAUUUGGAUUUCGAGGAGAAAAAACAUCAAGUAGUUCAACAUAUAUGGAACAUUAUGAAAAAUCAUUAAAUAAAAUUUGGGAAAUGUAUCCAAAUAAAGAUAGUGUGAUCGUUAUUGAAGAAGACCUUAUUUUAUCACCAGAUUUUCUUUAUUUAUUAGCAUUGUUAAGUGAAACAUUUCGAAAAGAUGAAACAAUUGGUGCAAUACAAUUAUGGAAUCCUAAUUCUUAUGAUAUUGUCAAUGGUUCGAUUGACUUAAUGUAUCGUGUUGAUAAUUUCUAUGGUUUGGGAUAUUUAUUAAAACAUGAGUUUUAUAAUAAAAACAUGAAAAAUUCAUUUAAACAAUGUUGUGGAAAACGAGUUUGGGAUAAAUGGACAUUUUCAGAUACAUUAUCAUCAUUUCUUAUGCCAGAUAUUUCACGUGUAUUUCGAAAACCUAUUGAUGGAAAUCUUGUUAAUACGAAAUAUUUGGAGAUACUUUUUAAUCGAAAACGACAAACAAGCUUAAAUCCGUUUCCACCAUUAUCAAAUAUUGAUACAUUACGUAAAGAAAACUAUGAUGCCUUCGUAAUCAAAUCGAUCAAUUCAGCAACAUUACUCAAAUCUUUAGAACCAUGUGAGACAAUCAAUCUCGAUAUGUAUAAUUUAAUUAAAAAACAAAACACUUCGGAACCAUUCAAAUAUAUUUACCAACAAGAAUCAAUAAAUGAUGUAACAUCACUAAAACCACUUUUACCUUGUUUUGGACUAUUUUCACAAGAACCACUUAGUCUUUAUCUUGGUAUUCUUCGUUUUAGUUCAAAUAAAAAUCAAUUUUAUCUUGUUGGAUCUAAAUCACCUUUAUAUAAAAGUAUUUCGACUACGAGCUAA